AUGGCCAACCCGACGUUCGAUGCUGUGAUGCGGCGUGUGGGUGGCAAGGAGUGGAACUACGACUCGCUAUCAGUGCCCCAGUGUGGCCUCGUGGAGGCCGAUGGCAUCGAGGAACCCAUCUGUGACCACAAUUAUAUCUUCGAUGUCCACACCGGGGUGCCCGAGUUCGGUGGGACCUCGCACAUUGGAGAGCAAAUUCAAAGAGGUAUCCAUUGUUCGGAAAAGCCAGAGUGCGCAGUGGGCUCCAGAAGUUCAGAAGAUGACGCCUUGCGGCUUGGCAUCGAGUUCAUCAAUGCUCACUCACCAGAAGGCGACGCUCUAAACGAGCAGACCUUUUGGAUUCUCUCCAGCAUUCGGGAGGGGUCUGGCACUCCCAUAGACGGGUGGCCCGAGGCCAAGGUACGUUUCAUGUGCCAAAACAAGUCUCGAGGACUUGGAGGCGCGGGGCCGCGUUUCCACUUCCCCUUACACACCUACAGCCUCAAGGGCUUGCUCGCGGAGUUUCUGCUGCCUCUCGUCUACCCGUUGCUGGUGCUAAACGGUGUCAUGAAGAUUGGCUGGCCCGGGGUUUGGAAAGACUCCAGCGCUGUUUGCCAUGAUCCUCGCCACUGGCGCCGAGUGCCCCAAGUGUACGAGGUCGUCUUUCUCGACGACCCCAGCCGCGACAAACUCGACAUGUCGGACCUCAAGUCAUACAUGACGGCAGAGGAGGACCAGACGUGUUCCGGAAGGUACAAUGAUGGCAAGCUGGUCUGUGGACAGGUUCGUGCCUACGCCGGCAAAAACUUGUCGGACGAUGACGAGCCCUCUCCCGAUGGCCGGACAACCAUAUCCCCUGACGAAUUCCUGCAACUUCUGCGACAUUCGUUCCCUGGUGAGAAGGCUGCAGAUGUCAUGGCCGUCCUCAAGAGGUCGAUCGUCUUCAUUCUCGGCAAACACGCGCCGUACUUGAUCCAUCUGGAUUUGCUGAGCCCUCACGACAAGUCUCCUACGCCGAGUACAAGCAGGGGAACAUGA